CCCUUCCAGCCCUAAUUUUUUUUUUUUCCUCCUUCUUCCACUGCCGAUCUAUUCUCUUUCCGUCUCGUUCUUCUUUCAACAGCGCCAAUGGCCACUGAUGGAAGCUCUUCCAACAAUGGCAACCAAGCCACCCUCCCCAAUGAGACCGUCACCCCAUUCAAUACCGAAAAUCCCUCGCAAACAUUGAUCAAUAUCAAUGUUUCCAAUGUCUCCAAGUUAACAGCCACCACCUAUAUCCCUUGGUCUGUCCAAAUCCGAGCAUUGUUACAAGGCUACAAUCUUGCUGGAUUUCUCGAGCCCGAUGCUGCUCCUCCAGCAACCAUCACUGCGAACAAUGCAGUGACUGCCAACCCUGCUUAUGAAGCAUGGUUCCGUCAAGACCGGCUAAUAUUUGCCGCUCUCCUUGGUUCUCUCUCCACGUCGUGUCAGGCUCUUAUCACCAUGUCUUCGACAUCAGCCCAUGCCUGGAACACGUUAGCUACUACCUACGGUCGAUCAAGCCGCGGUCAUGUGAAACAAAUCAAAGAGCAACUUCGUCGUUUUUCUAAGGGAACCAAGACUAUCGACGAAUACAUGAAUUUCUUCAAGGUAAAAGCCGAUGAGCUUGCCCUUCUUGGAAAACCCAUGGACCAUGAAGAUCUCAUCGAUCUCACACUCGCCGGACUUGGAGAUGAAUACAAAGCCGUAAAGGAUGUGAUUCAAGCAAAAGACACGACUAUAUCCUUCAUUGAACUUCAUGAGAAGUUACUCAACCAUGAAGUGGAUGUUCUUGCUUCUCAAUCCACACACUCGGAGGUUCCAAUCACGGCAAAUGCCGCGACUCACAAGCCACGACAAUCUGGUCGUCAGAACAACCGACAACAAUAUGAUCCUCGGCUGCCAAAGACUUUCAACAAUGGUCCGAGAGGAUACCAAGGCAAAUGCCAACUAUGUGGGGUACACGGCCAUAGUGCAAAGUUUUGUCGUCUUCUCCGUGGCAGCCCCGGUAUCCUACCGAAUCCUUCUUAUGGCUUCAGCCAACAUCAUCCGUCACCGACCGUGAAUGCAGCCGCGGUUGGUACAGCCAAUUCCCCGUCAUGGCUACUUGAUUCCGGAGCAUCUCAUCAUGUCACCACGGAUCUCGCGAACCUCUCUCUACAUGCUCCUUACACCGGCGGUGAAGAUGUUGUGAUAGGAGAUGGAUCGGGCCUCUCAAUCGCACAUACCGGUGAAGGAUCUCAGUACGGGGGCAAAAAUAACAAGCGGACUGGCUAAAGACGGAGUGUAUGAAUGGCCGAAAACACCAACACCCGAGUCUGUCCGUUCUCAUCCCACUUUUUCUGCUUUUUCU